AUGGAUUUCAAGAACCUCGGAAAGAACUUUACUGCGCAAACCAGCUCCUUCGGGGCUUCAAUCACCCCCUUUGCCUCCCGUACCUUCCAAUACACCAAGGAGCAGCUCGGUCAAGCUGAGGAUAAGACCCAGCUUCCUCCUGACUACAUCGAUCUCGAGAAGAGAGUCGACGCCCUCAAGCAGGUCCACCAGAAGAUGCUGGCUGUGACCUCACAAUACUCGAACGAAGCCUACGACUACCCGCCCAACAUCAAGGAGACAUUCCAGGAUCUCGGCCGCACCGUUAGCGAGAAGGUCACUCUUCUGUCUUCCGCAAGCUCUCCUGCCGAGGCUCAGGCCGCUCUGACAGCACCUCCCUCCGCGAAGCCCCAGCCCAAGACUUUCAACCAUGCCAUCGCCCGUGCCAGUCUGGCUAGCAGUCAGGUCCUCCACCAGCAGCACACCGGCGCCGGAGAGGACCCUCUGGCUACGGCUCUGGAGAAGUAUGCACUGUCAAUGGAGCGUGUUGGUGAGGCUCGCAUGGCCCAGGACGCCCAGAUUCAAAGCCGAUUCCUUGCUGGCUGGAACACCACCCUGAACACCAACUUGAUGUUCGCCACGCGUGCUCGCAAGAAUGUCGAGAACUCGCGACUGACUCUCGACGCUGCCAAGGCACGCGCUCACGGCACCACCUGGAAGCUCGGUCCUGGAUCCCCACGCGCGGAGGAGGGCCAGCCUCAGGAGCUGAGCCCCGAGGCCCAAGAGGAGAUUGAGAAGGCCGAGGACGAGUUCGUCACACAGACUGAGGAGGCUGUCGGUGUCAUGAAGAACGUCCUUGACACCCCGGAGCCCCUCCGCAACCUCGCCGAUCUCAUCGCUGCCCAGAUUGAGUAUCACAAGAAGGCCUACGAGAUCCUGAGCGAGCUUGCCCCUAUCGUGGACGGCCUGCAGGUCGAGCAGGAGGCCAGCUACCGCAAGAGCCGCGAGAGCGCCUCCUAG